GUGAAAUUGACUCUGCAAAGUAGCUCAUUCAUCAAUCGCAAACCCUCGCACCAAAGUCCAAACCCAAAUUCAAAACUUGUCUACUUCGAAACUGUCAACUUCAUUCUGACACUGCUUCCACAUCCUAUCAACAUGGCAGAUAAACUGGACCCGGUGCGACCAAUGUUCGAGCUGAAAGGACGGAACUAUCUCAUCACAGGCGGUGCACAGGGAAUUGGAUUCGCAGCUACAAGAGCGAUUUGCGAAAUGGGUGGCAAUGUGGCUGUCCUAGACAUUCAGGAACGCCCCACGUCCGACUUCCAAGGGCUGGCCUCGGAAUUUGGUGUCAAAACCUCAUACCACCAGACCGACCUCACUCAGCAAGAGAGCCUCAACGCAGGAUUUACGAAAGCUUUGGAGAGCCUCGGAGGAACUAUCGAUGGCUGUGUUCCAGCAGCAGGUAUUGCCAUCGAUAAACCUUUCGUUGAUCAAACAUGGGAGGAAUUUACUCGCAUCCAAGAGAUAAAUGUCCGCGGAGUCUUUUUCAUUGUUCAACUGGUGACAAAGCAAAUUAUAAAGCAGGAUACCCCUGGUAGCAUUGUUCUCAUUGCUUCCCAGUCUUCUCAUAUCGGCCUUCCGGGUUACAGGAUGGCAGCGUACAAUGCUUCAAAGGGCGGCAUUCUGAUGCUUUCAAAAGCACUUGCAGUAGAACUUGCCAAACACAACAUCCGAGUCAACACGAUCUCACCGGGAUUUGUCGACUCUCAGAUGACGCGAGAUGUGCGCGAAUCAAAGAGCAAAAGAGAGGGCGAUCAGAUGUGGCUUGCACCACCCUUGCAAAGACUCAGCACGCAGAACGACCUAACUCCUGCAAUUGUAUAUUUGUUAAGUGAUGCUGCGAGGCAUACAACCGCUGCCGAUAUACAGAUCACCGGGGGUUUACACGCUGGUACCAUUGAUGGUGUUAUCAGUCCACUUUGAGUCAUGACCGUAAUGUAGUACAUAAUGCAAUGCUCCAUGGCUGCCACCAGUAUCCUGAUCAGACUGAAAUCCGACCUGAGGAAGGGAGGCUCUGUAAGGGUCAGUUGUGUAACAAAGACAAUCCGAAAACAGUCCACCCUUGCGUGGAAUCUCUAAUGUCAAGCCACAGUAGUCAGAAUUCUCAGGUAUAGAGCCAGCGUUUACCUUUUCUGUAGAUUCUUGUUGUGCAGACGCGAACUUCGGAAGCGGUCAACCUAUGAUCGAGCCUUGAGUGUAUCGUGACCUCCUGGGCGGAGUGGGCCCCUUACAUUAGUUGGCG